GAAGUACUGGUGGCGCGAGGGGAGCUGUGCAGUAAUGGCGUGGUCUUACUCGGAUGACGGAUACUAUGACGGGAGCCGGCUCUUCAGCUGGGUGUCCGACCUGUCCGGACUCCCUAUAGACCAGGUUAAUUUUCUGGUCAGCCAAUUCCUUGCUCUGGCAUUGGCACCACUAUUUAGAAGUGUUUUCCAUCCAUCAAGCACCAGCCCAGCAACCCGCCAUGCAUUUGGAUUGUUCUUGGGGCUUGCAUUUGGGUACUUCUGUUUCGGCAAGCAUGCGCUACACAUUGCAGGUUUACCUGCACUUUGCUACAUUGUCAUGCGGACACAGGAUCCCCAUAUUAUGCAAAGGAUGGUGCUUGCAGUUGCCCUGAUCUAUCUGUCUUGCAUACACCUCCACCGCCAGGUCUAUGACUAUGGAUCAUACACAUUAGACAUAACAGGUCCACUUAUGGUAAUAACUCAGAAGGUUACAAGCUUAGCCUUCAGCCUCCAUGAUGGGUUAACAAGGAAAGAUGAAGAGCUGACUCCGAACCAGAAAUACCAUGUUGUGAGGAAGAUGCCCACGGCCUUGGAGUACUUCAGCUACAUGUUCCAUUUCCAAGCACUCAUGUGUGGACCUGUCAUAUUCUACAGAGAUUACAUUGACUUCAUACAUGGGCACAACCUCUUCAAGCACCCAUCACCAACCUCAGGAGCACUGGACAGAAAUUCGAAUAGCAGUAAAGUAGUGCUGGAACCAUCACCAUGUCUUGUGGUUCUCAAGAAGGUUACCUGCUCACUGCUCUGUGCUUUAUUCUUUGUAAAACUGAUUCCAUCAUUUCCCAUCACAAGAGUAAAAGAAUCAGACUUUGUGGAGGAGGCAUCAUUAGCUGAAAAGACUAUGUACCUGAUAGCAGCAACUUCUCUAGUCAGACUUAAGUAUUACCAUGCCUGGCUCUUAGCAGAUGCAAUUUGCAAUGCUGCAGGGCUGGGAUUCAAUGGCUAUGAUAAGGACGGUAAUCCUCAUUGGGAUCUUAUCUCAAAUGUAGAUAUUUUAAAGUUUGAGCUUGGUCUAAGCCUGCAUGACAGUAUUGAACAGUGGAACAAAGGGACAACUCGGUGGUUACGUAUGAUUGUGUAUGAAAGGGCUGGUAAAAUGAAGACUGUAUUAACCUAUGCUCUGUCAGCCCUUUGGCAUGGUUUUUAUCCUGGAUACUACCUCACUUUUAUGAGUGGAGCCUUAUUCACCUUUGCAGCACGUGCAGUGCGAAAAACAAUUCGACCCUAUUUUCUGGGUUCAGAUGUUUCAAAGACUGCAUAUGAUGUGCUGACCAUGCUAAUAACACGUAUUAUCAUGGGUUAUAUUACAUUUAGCUUUAUUCUUCUUGAGUUUUGGCCCAGUGUCCGACUGUAUUUGCAUAUGUACCUGUGGCUCCACAUUUUGGGCAUUCUGGCCUUGGUUGUACUGCCUCGCCUAUUCCCGUCAUCUAAGGAGAGGCAUGUUGCUGCUUCCAAACCUAUUUCCAAUGGUGUGGCUGCCAACAAAUAUGACUGAAUUAUGUGUAAGCCUUUUUAAAUAGUAAUGUUGUAUAUAUAACAAACAUAUGAAGACAGAGAGAGACUCACAGAAAAUAUGUGACUUACUGGUGUACAUGUUAUGCUUGCAAGUAAAAGUUAAAAGAUUUUCUUUUAACUUUAUUUUAGUCUUUUGAUAUUGUAAGAGGCAAAAUAAAUUUAACAGACCCAUCUAGUAAUGAAUGUUGAACUGAUAUUUGUUAAAGGUUGUCUAGUUUUGUCAAAAACUUUUAGUCAUGUGGACUGGGUUUUAAGUUGGACCAAAUGUCAAUGUUUUAAAAACAUGCAUUUUAAAAUAAAAGUGUAAUUCAGUGUUUGCUGAGAGAAAUGUUUUUACUAUUUGACUGUUAACUGAUGGACUGUAUAUUUUAACAAAAUGUUUUAAAUGUUAUACAUUUCAUAUAAUCAUAUUUUCAUGGAUGUCAUAUACAAGAUAUGAAACCCAUCAUUGUGAGGAUGUAUGUAUAUCUCAUGUUGUCACAUUGUACUGGUGUUAGUAACAAAGAUAUAUUUUACAUUGUCCAAUUACCUGGCAAUCACAAUAUGUAACUAAUAAACCCUCAAAAGUAAAUUUCAAUUACUGUUAAUCAUGUAUACAUAAAGGCACAACUGCAUCAAUAUGCAUGUGUUUAACAGUUAUAGGUAGUAUCUGUUCAGCUGAGCAUCACAUUUGUUGGAAAUCAUUGUAAUCACAACUCAGUUUCAUUUUCAUAAUUAUCACUGAAACAUUAAAAAGUAUAUCUUGCAUAUAAACUAAAUUUUACUUACUCGCUGUAGAACAAUGAGGCUUUUGCAAGUUUAUUGUAAUUUUGCUUCAUGCUGUAUAAUUCUGUUGCAAUAUCCAGUGCUUCCCCCAUGUAUAUGUUAAUGGCACAACAUAGUGUAACCCAUAUUUACAGGUAACUUCUUCAAUGUACUGCUCCAGUACGAAUGUUGCGUGGUUCAGUGGUAGCCGUGUUAUUGCCUGGCUACAGGCAACACUAUUAUGUUAUCAACUGUGUAUGUGUUUGACAACAAAUUAUUUCAGGCAAAAUUUAUGUGUACAGAUGAUGCAGCACUUUUUGUAUACAAUUUGCAUUUAACUGCAAUUGCAAUUUUUGUAAAGCAUAUAUUCUAGAAUGACUGAGAAAACUAAUACAUGCAAUGACAUGUUAUUUGAUCUCUUUAUUGCCUCUUUUUGUGCAUUUCCUCAGAAAGAGUCAAAGAACUGUCCCUUAUA